AUGGCAAAAGGCACUGUUCAGUGGCGGAUCACAGUGGCAGGUCCCCCACCGUCCUCGAGCCCCCCGCGGAGGCGGCGGCAGGAGCGCACGGUGUACAGUGAGGGGCAGCAGCAGGCACUGGAGAGCCAUUUCCAGGGGAACAAGUACCCGACCUACCAGGAACGCGAGGCCCUGGCGGCCAGGCUGUCCCUGCAGGAGCACCAAGUGCAGGUGUGGUUCAAGAACCGCCGGGCCAAAGAGUCUAGGCUGCGGCAACCGCCCAGGCGGCGAGGCCAGGGAGCCCGCGCUGCGUCCAGGGGCCCCGGAGCCCCGGCCCCUGCCCCUCCGGGCCCCCCGCUCCCCGAGGGCCCAGGUUUCUGCAGCCCGCCUCCGCCCAGCGCCGCGGGAGUCUUCCCAGCAGCAGAGCCCAGCGUCUACAGCCCCGGCCAGGCCUGGUGGAUGCCCGUGCAGGGCGCCCAGGACGUGGUCCCGGCUGCUCCAGCCCUGGCCUCAGCUCCGGCCCCAGCCUGGCCUCGCAACUCCUACGCCUCGGACUUCCCCCAAGACCCUAUUGUAUUGCCUGAUUUCACCGCGUUCCUCUCACCCCAAGACCCCUUAGAGGGACCCUCCUCCUCCUCCACGUCUGGGUACCAAGAGGAGGAUGAUUCUGCGGAUGAGAAUGACUCGGGCCCUGGGAGGUUACAGGAUUUAUAGAAGAUUCUGUCCCUGAAAAGUCCAGCAUGUUCCACGGGGCCAGAGGGCACUAGGGUGUCGUCGGCCCGCACGUGGCGCCCUGGCGGGUGCGGGAGGCGGUGGCGGGUUGGUCUUCAC